CUGCCGGCGACGAAGAUGAGGCCGACGGACGUCCGCUGCGGCUGGAGCAUGCGCUGGCUGCACAUGCUUGGACUACUCUCGCUCUGUGUACAUGUAGCCACGGCCUCGUCGCCCAUGGCAACGACGAUCGAGUACAGCUUUGACAAGGCCCGCGCCGGCGGUGUCCUCGGCUCGAUCCACGUCGUGUACCCGACGCCGUCCUCGACCUUGGUCACGAUCCUCGCCGACAUUGACAUGCGCGCGCUCAAUAUGACGCAAGUCCACGCCUUGCACCCGAGCUGCGGUCACCACAUCAAAGAGUACAAGUGGUAUCUCGUCGUGAACGAAAUGGGCAUGGUGCCCAUCGUGGGCUUCCUCGACAAGUGCGACCACUUGGACUUCACGCGCGUCGUCGCGCCACCGACGAUUGCAAAGCUCUCGGCCCUCUUUGUCGACGACACGACGUGCACCAGGCCGACGAGCGUCGCGAAAGACCGCCUCAUCGCCGCCCACGAGAGCCGCCACAAUGUGAACUUGUCGCACCAACUCGGCCGACUCGUCGUCGAAGACGGACGCAUCUCGCAAGCGUGGCACAAUGUCUCGUUCCCCGCGUACGGCCACGUGACGCCGCGCUGGAGCAUCGUGCUGCACGCUGUGUGCGGCGACUCGAGCCCGCCCGUUGUCUGCGCGCAGGUCGACUUUGAGCUCAAGGUGACCAACCGCGUCCAGGAAGCCCACGCGCUUCUCGGCAUUGCGAGCUUUGUCGUCGCGUCGAGUCUCCUCCUCUUUUUAACUUAACCCUUCUCGCCCUC